CGGCAGCUCCUGCAGCAGCUGCGUAUCGCCAACAAGUGAGAGGGGAUCGGCCAUGGUCCAUGCUUAGAUGGUUGGGUAGAUGGCGUUUCGUGAUAAUUAGCCUCAUUCUAGCAAUCUUGUAACUAGUUUCCAUAUACCUGGUUAAUGCCUCAUUGUGAUACUUCCAGCUGAUUGACCCAGCCGAUUGACUCAUGCUCCACAGUUUCGGUUUGAUGACACGGAUAUUCCUCGGAGCCGAUGAAUCAGUUUGUCAAUUGUAUAUCAAUGUGUAUAGUAUUAGUAUAAGGAGACUCUCACCACAACAUGCUUCCACCUCUGUGCCCCCUCGACCCUGGCAAGUUCCAGUCCAGAAUCCUCUGGAUUGGAUGUUCGGACAGCAAUGACGCUGAAGUCGACAUUCUCGGUCUGGACCAGAGCCAGGUUCUUGUCCUGCGCAAUCUGGGCAAUACCGUUAGCGAGGAUCUCUCCUGCUCAACAAUGAUUCAAUAUGCUCUUAGUCUAGAGGUGUGUCUGUGGAUAGCAUGUGAGGACGUGUACUAACCAUAACUACAGGUCAAACAUAUUGUUGUCUGCGGGCAUUAUGGAUGCGGGAUUGUCAAGAACUUGAAACAACCGAGCAUGUCUCUUGAUCCUGUUCUCGCCAACAUCGCCGACCAGGUUCAGACGCUGCGAAAGCUGGAAGCUGUUCA